UAAUGUUAAAAAAAGUUUACAAAAGUAGACUAAAGGGAUGUCACUCUAAUUUUUAUUUUCGACAUGGCGACUAUGUGUGAUGAUCACGAUGGAGUGCCAGAGUUAGUUUCAGACAGCGAUCAGGAGUAUGAUAAAGAAGACGAAGAAAAUGAAUGGAACGAUGAUGACAGUGAGGAAGAAAUGAAUAUGUUGACAGGCAAUGUGAUUUGCUUAUUUUGCCCAGUUGUUGAAUCUUCAGUAGAUUUACUGCUCGCCCACUGCAACAAACAACACAACUUUAACAUCAUUGACAACUGCAGGAAGUGGUCUACAGACUGCAUUAGCUACAUCAAAAUGAUUAACUACAUAAGAAAAAUGCAACCUAGCAGUGAUGAUGUUCUAAGAUGUCUGUCAUCUCACAAACCACCGUGGCUGAGUGAUGACUUCAUGGCCCCUACAGAACCAACAGAUCUCAUGCUUCAGAUGGAUAUUGAAUGGGCGAUCAGUCAUUACACAGGCUCACAGCAAACUUUAUCGCAGGGAGAUAAGUCUGGAGGAGCUGCUUGUGAAAAUCAAUUUUCUGACAGUGAAGCCAUUCAUGCCUUGAUAGACAGGGUGAAAAAAGCUGAGGAGCAAAGGGAUUUGUUGAGAGCAGAACUGGACAGGGCUCUAGAGGACAUUAACAAACUCAGAAUUUCAGGUCAAAAUUUGUUAACAGAAUCCAGUGAUAAAGUCAACAGGGUACCAAAUGGUAUCUCCCUAGAAGAAGAAGAUGGCUACUUCGCUUCAUACAGCCACCAUGAUAUCCACAUGACCAUGCUAAAGGAUACAGUAAGGACAGAGAGUUACAGAGAUUUCAUGUUUAAAAACCCCCAUUUGUUUGAGGAUAAGCUGGUGCUAGAUGUGGGCUGUGGCACUGGAAUUUUGUCCAUGUUUGCUGUGAAGGCAGGGGCCAAACAUGUGGUUGCUGUGGACCAGUCCAACAUUAUAUACCAAGCCAUGGACAUUGCCAGGGAAAACAAUGUGCAUGAAAGUAUCACAUUUGUGAAAGGCAAACUUGAAGAUGUUGACCUUCCUAUUAAAAAGUUUGAUGUGAUUAUAUCUGAGUGGAUGGGCUACUUUUUGCUGUUUGAGGCUAUGUUUGAUUCUGUUCUAUGGGCCAGGGACAGAUAUCUUAAAGUUGACGGUUGUGUGUACCCUGAUGUAUUCUCCAUGUUGAUUGUUGGUGUGAGCGAUAAAGAUCUUUACAAUUCCAAAAUAGCAUUCUGGGACGAUGUUUAUGGUUUUAAAAUGUCUUGUAUGAAAUCUUCCGUUACUGAUGAAGUUCAUGUUCGACUCGUCAAGGAAGAAACAAUGAUCACAGAACCUGCAGUCAUUAAGAAAAUUGAUGUAAUGAAAUGCUCUGUGUCAGACCUCAACUUUAGCUCUGAGUUUAAUCUGCAUGUCAACUCAGAUAGUGAACUUACUGCCCUUGUUGGUUACUUUGACACUCAGUUUGAUGCAGGCUGUCACAAUAAGAUCAGCUUUAGCACAGGUCCACAAGCUACACCUACACAUUGGGAACAGGCAGUUAUGUUGUUGCCAACUCCAAUAGCAGUUAAAAAAGGAUCAAGCUUGGAGGGGAAAAUUGUGUACAGGAAACACCCCAAUGAUGACAGAGGAAUCGUAAUAAAUCUAUCCAUAGGAAAACUUAAGUUGAAGUACACUUUGUCCUGAUAUUAAAAAACAAAACAAUUAAAAUUUGGUUGUC